AGCCCGCUGGCUCCGCGCUCCUCCCCGCUCCGGUGCGGCCCGCCAGGGAGGCGCAGGAGGUGGGACCUGCGGGCGGGAAGGCUGGGGACGCCGGCGCACGCGGAUCGGGGAUCCGGUAGAGCUCGCCACCCGUAGGAGGAGCUGGAGGGGGAGAGGAGCGCGCGGCCGGAGAACCGGAGGCGGCGGUCCCGGCCGUAGGCACAGCGGGGAGACGGGGAGCAGCCAGGCCGGGAGGGCCCCGCUAGGAGCCGAGGCCGGAGGUCUGGGCUCACGGCCCCGCGUCCCCGCAGCUGCUGUCGCCCAGGAGCAGCAGCUGUGCCCAGGGUCCCUGCAGCGGCGAGUGGAGGGGGAGGAGCGGCAGCUAGACGGUGGCAGCUGGAGGAGGAGCCGCGCGGCUGUCCGGUGCUCCGGGGAGAGGGCGCGCUGCCCUGGCUGAGCCGCGCUGGGAUGUCCCGCUGACCGCGGCCAUGCAGCCUUGACCGGGCACUCGGGCGCGGGGACCAGCCGCGGCGCGCGCCCUCCCGGGAAGGGGCAGCGGGCGCGGGCAGCAGGACUUCACCGCCGACUUCAGCCCCGCUGAGUGCCCUGCCGUCCACCAUGGAACCCGUGACCAAGUGGAGCCCCAAACAAGUGGUGGACUGGACUAAAGGGUUGGAUGAUUGCCUGCAGCAGUACGUCCACAAGUUCGAACGGGAGAAGAUAAACGGAGAACAGCUGCUCCAGAUUUCCCAUCAAGAUCUUGAGGAGCUGGGUGUCACUCGGAUUGGCCACCAGGAACUUGUGUUGGAGGCUGUGGACCUUCUCUGUGCACUGAAUUAUGGCCUUGAGACCGAUAAUAUGAAGAACUUGGUUUUGAAACUGCGAGCAUCUUCCCACAACUUACAGAAUUAUAUAAGUAGCCGGCGGAAAAGUCCAGCUUAUGAUGGGAGCACCUCCCAUAAGCCCCCCAAUGAGUUCCUGACCUCUGUGGUGGAGCUCAUAGGUGCUGCCAAGGCCUUGUUAGCUUGGCUGGACCGGGCUCCGUUUACAGGGAUCACCGAUUUCUCAGUAACGAAGAACAAAAUCAUUCAGCUUUGCUUGGACCUGACCACUGCAGUCCAGAAGGACUGCCUUGUAGCAGAAAUGGAGGAGAAAGUUUUAACUGUAGUCAAGGUUUUAAAUGGCAUCUGUGACAAAACAAUCCGAUCUACCACGGAUCCUGUUAUGAGCCAGUGUGCGUGUCUGGAGGAGGUUCACCUACCAAACAUUAAGCCCGGGGAAGGCCUGGGCAUGUACAUCAAAUCCACCUAUGACGGAUUGCACGUAAUUACUGGAACCACAGAAAAUUCUCCUGCAGACAGAUCUCAGAAGAUUCAUGCUGGUGAUGAAGUCAUUCAGGUGAAUCAGCAAACUGUGGUGGGAUGGCAGCUGAAAAAUUUGGUGAGAAAGUUGAGAGAGAAUCCUACAGGAGUUGUGUUACUGCUUAAAAAGCGCCCUACGAGCUCCUUCAACUUUACACCUGCUCCCCUGAAAAACCUGCGAUGGAAGCCACCUCUGGUGCAGACCUCGCCUCUGCCCACGACCACCCAGUCCCCGGACAGCACAAUGGAUGCCUCGCUAAAGAAGGAGAAGCCAGCCAUCCUGGAUCUGUAUAUUCCUCCCCCACCGGCUGUUCCUUACUCACCCCGGGAAGAGAACGGGAGUUCUGUUUAUGGAGGAUUCAGUAAGUGUAAACAGCCACUGGCUGGUCCUAAAGGUUCCGAGUCUCCCAAUUCCUUCCUGGACCAGGAAAGCCGGAGACGGAGAUUCACCAUCGCUGAUUCUGAUCAGCUGCCUGGGUAUUCAGCGGAAACCAAUAUUCUGCCCACAAAAAUGAGAGAGAAAACACCAUCUUACGGCAAGCCCCGGCCUCUGUCCAUGCCUGCAGAUGCGAGCUGGAUGGGGAUCGUGGACCCCUUUGCCAGACCCCGAGGUCAUGGGAGGAAAGACCUGAGGGAUUAAAGCACGUGAGGAUGCAACGGAAGGUGGUGCUUCAGGGGUGUCAGUCCUCGUUCUCUCCUGGAUCCCACCGCCCAGGAGUCACUGCUCAGAUGAAGACAGUUCACAGCCUGAGUGCUCAUGUCAUGCUUGCAGCUGAAUGUCACACACAGUCAUGCUUCACCAAGCUUCCUGUUUCUCUGAAGAGUAAAACUGACGCUGUAGGAGAAAAAUCAAGAAAUAAACCUCAAAGUGUUUUCAAAAGAUGAAGGGCUAUAUCCUUCCCAUCCAAGGAUAUCAAUGUUUCCAUCAUUUACCCUUCCGUUUCCUGGUACGUUGUAAAUGCUCAACUGUUUGUGAAGCAAUGAUUGAAAGGAGAGGCAACAUCAGCAGGAAAAAAAUCGUUUUUUCCCCCUUGUUCUUCCUUUGACUAGACCCAUGAAAAGGGAUUCACCAUUUAGCUUUAUUUUUCGGGCGACAAAGACCAGAUCUGAAGAUAAUUCUUCAAUGUUUGGACAUACCUUAGUCUGAACAUUUUGAUUUAUCGCAAAGAAAUGGGAAAGACUUUAAAAAUGAAGUUUAAUAUAAAGUAAUAUUGUGUCUGAAGUAAGAAAUUGUCCUUUUAGUUGUGUGGGGGUGGGGUCCUGUUUUCUUACUCAGAAAUACCUCUCUGCCAUUCCAGCUGAGGCUGAGCCAGGAUAAGGAUGGGGCAGGUUUAGGAAUUAGUACUAAUUCAGAUGUCUUUGACUUUUGGAAAUUGGUAUCCAGCAGUUAGAAGUAGGGGGUUCAGCUUUUGAAGUUAGGUAAUCCAAACUGUCCCAAGUUAGGACUUAAUAAACUCUGGGACUCGAAACAUGUUACUUACCUCUCUGGUCCGCAUCUGUUUAUUAGAAAGGGAAUAAUAGAAUCUAAUUCACAGGCUUAUGGGGAUUAAAUGAGGUGAUGUUUGUGAGGGUCUUAGGAUAGCCCAGCACCCAGCACUUAGGAGAUGUUGACUCUUGCUGGAACAUUCUAGUAGCAGUGUUUACACCAUCUUAACCUCUAUUAAAUGAGGCAUUCAGAGCUGGUCAACAGGGAAUUGCUCAUUCUUUUGUCCAUAAUCAGCAAAAUAAUGCCAUUGUCACACUGUUAGAAGGCUGCUGUGUAUUCCGUGGCCUGGAAAUGUGGUUUUUACUGGUACAAAUCUCAGUUACUCAGAAGUUUUGGCAAAGUCAGAAUGCAGAAAUGAUAAAAGUCUGAUCGGACACACUCAGAAUAAUACAGUAUUAUUUUAACAUUGGCUUGAUUCAUCCUCAGCAUACUUUCUCUCUUUAAUCCCCCCAACUGUCUUCAACAGAGUGAUGUAUGAAAACAGGAAGUCAGCAUUCCCCCAUCUCCUAGUUGGCUGAAUGACUUUCGCCUCCCAUCCGUAGUUUGAAGUGGUACCCUCAAACUUACCUCUGUGUUUCCUGUGAUUCGGGGAAAAAUUAAUCAUGUAGAAUGGUUUCUAUUUUGGAAAUUCUUAUGAAAAGGAACUCUUACAUAAAUAUAAAACUAGGAGUGUGUGUUGCCUUUGCAGAAGCUGAAAAGAACUGUCCUCAGAUGCCCACUCUCAAGUAAUGCUUUGGGAGGUCCAGGGAGAAAUAGGGAGAGAGACGCUCUGGGAGGGACAGAGGGAACUGGAAAAUUGUUCUUAGUCUCAGCUUUCAUUUGGUUUAUUUCAGCCAUCUGGACACUCAGUGCAUCAGCCAGACUGUGAGCACACAGACCAGAGAUACUCGGCUGCUAUGGACAUGGCAGCGCCACCCCUGCUUGAGCGCUUGUGUUUGUCUCUCUCAUCUGUGAAGCAGAAUCUUAUGAAUUGGUGAAUAUUUGGCCAUAUUAAAAUAAGAACCUACAUAAUCACCAUUCGACCUAGUAGGUUACAGAUGCUCCGAGGACAGAGAUCAUGUCUGUUUCUUCCUUUUACUUUCUAGCAAAGCUCCGUUCUGUUCUGUGCCUGGUGUUAAAAUUACACCUUGUAAUAACUGUCUGUCUCCAUGGAUCCCCCCCCAGUACCCUGAACACCGAGAGGUGACCCUCAACUUGAUCUUACUCAUCUGUUUAUUUUCUAGGAAAUAAUCUGUUUAAUUCCUAGGAUAAAAGGAAGAAAGUUAAGGGUGAAUGACGAAAUUGGCAUUUUACAUUAUUAUGCUCAUGGCAAUGUCAAGGAGAAACAAGGGUUGGCCAUGGGCAUUUAGAUCAGAUGAGCAAUUGAAAAGCAAACAGACAAACAAGCCCGCAAAACAAAAUAAAAGCCUUAGAACCUGAUUUUUGGGGGAAAAAAGUUAAACAAGACCUUUCAUUAUCUGCUUCUCCUUUUGCUCUUAGGGCAAUUAAGGAAAUGGAAGAAGAGCUAAGCUAAUCUUAUUGAGAGCACUAUAUUUUACUUGGAAUUGUUACUGCCUUUUUCAGAUUUCUCCUCAAGGAAGGCAAAUCACUGAAGCCCCCCUAGAGGGUAUGCAAGGAUGUUAAUUGAAUUACACUCUUUAGACAACAUCAAAUACAAUUGAUCAGAGUUUGUGUGUUAGUUUAAACUAACAACUAGUUAAUUUUAGCUGAUAUUCUUCCUUAAACCCCUGCCUUGGCACUUAGUUCUAGAUUCUUAACCAGAAGUUGGACUCAUCCUUCCAGGUCCAGUCACCAAGGUGACUCCCAAGGUCAUCCCUAUGAGGCCCUCCUUGACCCUCCUCUGGACAGAAUUCAUCGGUCUCUGCUGUCUUUCUAUAGCGUCGACUCAUCCUGUUGGUUAGAUGUUUGGCUCUCCAGCUUGGAUUAUGACCCUUUCUAAAGCAGAUUCUGUAUAACUCACAUGAUAGGUAGAGUCAAUAUUAUUGAAAUAACUAGACGGUAAAGUUAAUGACUGUGCAGUCGGAAAAAAAUUAGAAAAAAUGAUUAAAGUUUCGUAUGUGAAAAAAAGAAAUUAUAUUAAGAUUUUUUUUGCAGACUACUACAUAUAGAAUUUCAUUACGUUGGCUCUCAUUCUAAAGGAAGACAUUAUACCAGGUGUCAGAACUCAGUCAUAUUUGUAGGAAGGCUCAACCCUGGCUGUCAACAACCGCUUCUUUGGUUACAGGAUUAUAGUAACUGCUGAGAAUGUAAGCACUUUCAGAAGUCUACAAAGGACUCAUUUCAGAUUCAUACAGGUGGUUUCAAAUUAGCCAUAGGAAAAUUAAUGGUGCGUGGCAGUCAGGGCAAAUGGAAGUUCUUAUAAUUUAGGCAAAAUGGAAGACAAUUCUAGGUAUAUGAUGUUUGGUUGAAGGAGUGUGAUUUGGACCUGAGAAAACCAAGUGCAUAAGUACUAAGGCUAUUAAGUAGACAGUGAAAUAUUACUAAGAACCUUCAUCCCAAGGGGUUGAGUGAUGAACUACUGAGAAUACUGUUGCUGUGUUUCAGAGACCGCAAACAACGCUGCUGAUGUCUGAGACAUCGAAGUCUAUGUGAAAAAUAACGUCCUUUGCUCUAGGCUACAUUGGGCUCCCCCGGGUCUGCGGGUUCCACUUUGUUGACGUCUGAAAACAAGCAGAAAAUCUGCUCCUUUGGGAACCUGACUUUCCCCAAAGAUGGCAGAUCGAGCAGGAGACAUUCAACUGUUAGUAGUUCAACAACCGAAAAAUACAUAUAUAUUAAAAGGAAGAAAUACGAGAUGAUUAAAUAAAGAAACUCCUUUGCAAACGGAAAUUAAUGGUGAUGAUGAUCUGGGGCCUCUGGAGUGCUGCUUUUCCAGAUGCAUCCAGCGAUGUGCUUCUAUCUAAAGGGCUCGUGUAGAAUUCGCUGAAAAUGUGGUCUAGGUUUAUUAUACGGGGAAUAGGACUGGAUCCUCUUCUUGGCAAUGGAAAGUACUCAGGGCGCACAAUGACAGUACGUACUCUGCUUGUAUCAUUUCUCCUUGCGUGGGGAGCACUUGGCCUGAGCACCCCUGGAAACCCUGCUUCCCUGCUCUGCCCACCUUUCUUCCACUCGCCCUUUUUCACCUUUGUGUUUUCCUGAUGCAGCUCAAACCACAGUCACCCUGAUUCCUGAAUUUGCUCUCUACGCUCAGUCCAUCUCCCAUCCUUUGCCUCCUGUGUUGAGAAAUACAGCCCAUUUUUUGGCAGUUGGAAGAAAGAGAAACAACGAAUCCACCCCUUUGGCUUCAUAUAUGUUGGCUCUCAACGUGUUCUUCUUCUGAACAGUGUGGGGAGAUGAAAACACCUUCGGCAAGGAGACUAAGGCCAGAGUUGGGAGUUACCCAUGGCUUGUCUAAGGCUCAGGAAAGAACAGCUGUCCCUCUGUUGAAUCCUUCUGCUGCUGCUUUUUCCCAUCUCAUUGAUUUUUGCUCUUUUAUUUCCUCCUUCCUUCUAUUUCCUUUGGGCUUAAUCUGUUUUUUUUUUUUUUUUAAACUUCCUGUGUUAAGCUCAUGCCGUGACAACCCCAACAUCUCAGUGACUUAACACACUCCCAGCUGACACUUUCUGUAUACAGAGUCAGUCCACUGUGAAUGUUCCAGGCUGGGCAACGCUGCAUGGUGGCCUUCCUCCAGCGAGGGACUCGGGGACCCAGGCCACUCCUAUCUCUGGUUUUUCAAACUUGGGGUUUCAAGCUUACCCUAUGCUAUGCGUCCGGUAGACUGGGCUGUGGGACACGGGACAGUGAAACUGAGCAGUUAACCAGCUUGUCCUAGAAAUGACCGUCAUGGCCACCUUAAGUGCAAGGGAGGUUGGGAAAGGGCUCUUGGUGAGGGCUAGUGGUCUCUGCCACGUUUCCUAGGUUGAGUACUUAGUUCAUUAAAAUACAACUUUUCUUUAAUGUUUCUAAUAUUUACACUUAAGAUUAUAAAUUUCCCUCGAAACAUUACUUUUGCUGUAUUUCACAAGGUUUGGUGUGUAGUGUUUCCAUUAUCGUUUAAUUCCAACUAAUUUUUAAUUUUGCUAUGAUUUAUUCUUUGGUCCAUGCGUCAUUUUGAGUUUUAUAUAUUUCUAUGUCAUUAGGAUAGGGAAGGAUUUGUCGUACAAGACAAUAAAGGGCCAACUAUAAAAGAUAAGUUUGAUAAAUUCAACUGCAUUAAAGCUAAGGACUUCUGUUCGUCAAGAGACACUGUAAAAAAUAAAAAAAGGUCUAAAAAUUGAGGAAGGAUAACAAACCCUAAGGAUUGGCAUCAAGAAUAUAUAUAUAUAAUCCUGGUUAGAGAAAGACAAAGCAGUACAAAAAUGAGCACAAAGCAUUUCACAGAGGGGAACGCAAAUAGUCCAUAAGCACAUGAGAAGCUACUCAUUAGUCAGCAGCCAGAUCUAAAUCAAAACCACAGGAAGAUGCUCUUCUAUGCCUAACCGACUGCCAAAAAUGAAGUAAUUACUCAGAGGACCAGUGGGACCUCGCACGCAUCGCUGAUGUGGGGUUAAACUGGCACUGACUGUUCAUACUGCCGUCUCGCUCCUGGGUAUCUAUUCUGGAGAAUGAAACGGUAACUGCCCAAGAGGCGAAUGGGAACAUCCCAGCAAGCUGUUAUCCCAGCAAAGGUGGUGGGUCCCUGCAGAGCUCCGUGGAAACUGGCAAUGACUCAUCACUUAGGGCAGCAAAAUCUGAUCGAACGCAAUGCUUGGAACCCACCUCCCCGCUGCUACCAGGGGAGAGCGAAGGGCUGGUUGUGCCCCCACCAUGAAUGCUAAGGAAGCCAGUCUUGCUGCUGGUGGGCAGCGUCACUCAGCUGCAGUCACAACCCCCGAGGAAGCCAGGGGAGGGGCCUGGCGCUUCCUUAAUGAUGCGCUGAAAAGCCCCACAGGUCCAGGGACUCCAUCGGAGGUCUGAGGUUGGGCUCUGUCAGACCUCCGUCUACUGCCCUGGGGGAAGCUGACCACGGGACCUGCACCCCUGCUGCUGCCUCUGAGUGUCCCCAGCACGUGGUCUCUGUGUGUGCCUUGGCCAUCUGCCUUUGUUUGCACAGCACAACCUCUCGUCCAUCAACAAAAUACUGUUUGUGUGGUGGUUUAUUCUUAAAAUGGAAUCAGCUCCAGCCAGUGAAAACAAAUGAAUUACAGCUGUUCACAUCAAAGAGAUGAAUCUUAUUAAUGCAGUGUUGACUGGAGAAAGUGCCAGAAUGCAGCAUGUAGCUUGUCACUCUUUAAAACAUUCUAAAACAGGUAAAACGGAAGAGAGUACUACUUAGUGAAUAAGUGAAAAGAGGAAAGAAAGGGAUGAUAGAACACGCUGUUCAGGACGUGGUUCGCCUCUGGUGGGGCGGCAAGAGCACAGGAAAGGAAGGACCCCCAAGUGGACGUACAGGUGGAUCAGCCCAGUUCUCUCCAGAGUCAAGGAUAAAAGUACUGAUGUUUGAUUUGCAACAGAGAAACCCAGGGCAACUAGACGGAGGAAGGAGGGAAGUGAGGCAAAACAUGUGACGCGAUAGAAAGUGGUGUGGGCUGAAUCGGGCGGGUCCCACCGGGCGGGUCCCACCCCACAAAUCCACGUGUUCAAUCCUAACCCCGGUACUUGAGAGGUAACUGUGUUUUGUUAAAGAAGUAAUGAGAUUCAGUAUGACUCGUGUCCUCUUAAGAGGAAAUUUGGACACAGAUGUGUGUGUGCACAGAGAAAGGACUGUGGGCAGCCAUAGGGAGAAGAUGGCCGUCUACAAGCCAAGGAGAGAACCCUCAGGAAAAAACAACCCUGCCGACACCCUCAUCCCAGACUUCAGUCUCCAGGACUGUGAGGAAAUGCGUAUUUGCUGUUUGAGCCCCCAGUCUGUGGUGCUUUGUCACGGCAGCCCGAGCAGGCUGAGACACAGUGAUGUGUCCCUUCUGAGUAAAUAUGGGUCUCUGGGCGACUGUGCCUGCUCAGUGGGGCUCUUCUGGAAGCUAUAAGGAGGGAGGGGAAGGGGGAAUUUAUCUUCCAGGUCAGGGCAGCCCACGGGAAGGUAAAGUCCCUGUACUUUCUCAUUGUGUCACCCAGCCUCUUCGGUGGCCACUCACAGUGCCCCUCCAGUGUGGCCUUUCCCCUGAAUCCACAAGGGGCAGGAGGAGCCAGAAACCUGGAUGUGCAGGGGGUUGGCCCGGCUGUGUGGCUGACGGUUAAGGGGACGCCCUGGGCUGGUCAGCAAUGGAUGCGGGACCCCGGAAGCCCAGCUGAGCUGGAUUUGUGACUGGUCAGCAAUGUUCUAGCCCUGGGUUGGGAUGGUGGGUACAGAGGUAGUCAAUUACUUUUUAAGUGAAAUUUUAAAAAUAAAAGGACAAGCAUGGACCAAUGAUGAUAAUGAUGAUGUAUAAAGAAUCAAAGAUUAAAUUACGGUGAAUUCAGUUCUGUGUUUCUGAGUGUGUGUUUUUCUGUCCAAAAGAGAAGAGCAGUUGAUUUCUAUUCUUGCCCUUCCCUGCAUCCGGGAAAUUAGCUGGUUAUUUUGAAAAGCUAAUUAAACCUACUUGGGAGAUAGAAGGAAUCAAAUCUCCUAUAAAAAUUCAACUGUUAAGCCUCCAGUCUGUUUUAUUUGUAAGCUAUUGCUUCAGACGUUAGAAAAAUGGUGUACAGUAUAUUUGAUUAUGGAAAAACUUUCCCAUUAAAUAAGGCCUAAUAAAAUAAUUGAAUAUGUAUGUUU